AUGGAUCCGGAUGGCCUCUUCGACUUUCUGCCUCCUGCAGACGGAGGCGCCUCCAUCACAGAGCUAGACGCAGACGACCAGCCCCAACCCUCGUCCUCGUCCACCUCGCCCAAGAAGGGCAGGAAGAACAAGAACAAGCGCACCGCAGACUCGGCAGCCGCUUCCUCUUCAUCCUCUCCAGCGCCGGCGCCAGUACCGGCACCAGCAGAAAGUGCGACAAAGAGCGACGAUGCCAACGGCCACCCCGGCGCCGCCGCCGCCGCCGCCGCCGCCGCCGACGACGACGACGACGCUCAGCCCGGCCCCUCGACAAAGCGGCAGAGGAUACAGCCGGUCCCAACCGUAGUCACCGACGAGUUCACAGCAGAGACCACCCGCUCCAUCGCCGCAGACCCUGCCACCGCACCCGCCACCGCAGCCUCGGCCGCCGGCGACGCAGACCAAGACUCAAAGUCCGACGCAGGCCCGUCGUCGGCCAAGGCGCUCAAGGUCUCGCACUCGGUCCGCCACCAGGUCGCCCUGCCCCCCGCAUACCCCUACGUCCCGCUCGCCCAGCACGUCCCCAACGACCCGCCGGCCAAGCGCUACAACUUUGAGCUCGACCCCUUCCAGCGCAACGCCGUCAACUGCAUCGAGCGCGGCGAGUCGGUCCUCGUGUCGGCCCACACCUCGGCGGGAAAGACGGUCGUUGCCGAAUACGCCAUCGCACAGUGCCUCAAAAACGGCCAGCGCGUCGUCUACACCAGCCCCAUCAAGGCCCUCUCGAACCAAAAGUACCGCGAGAUGACGGCCGAGUUUGGCGACGUCGGCCUCAUGACUGGCGACGUCACCAUCAACCCGAGCGCGUCGUGCCUCGUCAUGACGACCGAGAUCCUGCGCUCGAUGCUCUACCGCGGCUCGGAAAUCAUGCGCGAGGUGGCCUGGGUCAUCUUUGACGAGAUCCACUACAUGCGCGACAAGGACCGCGGCGUCGUGUGGGAGGAGACCAUCAUCCUCCUGCCGCGCAAGGUGCGCUACGUCUUCCUCUCGGCCACCAUCCCCAACGCCAUGCAGUUCGCCGAGUGGAUCGCACACACCCACGCACAGCCCUGCCACGUCGUCUACACCGACUUCCGCCCCACGCCGCUGCAGCACUACCUCUUUCCCCAGGGCGGCGACGGCAUCCACCUCGUCGUCGACGAGCGCGGCACCUUCCGAGAGGACAACUUCCAGAAGGCCAUGGGCGCGCUCGCAGACGGCAAGGGCGAGGACCCCGCCGACGCCAACGCCGGCGCCGGAAAGAAAAAGGGCCAGACCAAAAAGGGCGGCCAGCCAAAGGGCCCCAGCGACAUCUACAAGAUUGUCAAGAUGAUCAUGGUCAAGAAUUAUAAUCCGGUCAUAGUGUUCGCGUUCAGCAAGCGCGAGUGCGAGGCGCUGGCGCUGCAGAUGGCCAAGCUCGAGUUCAACACCGACGACGAAAAGGAGAUGGUCAGCACCGUCUUCACCAACGCCAUCGACAACCUGAGCGAGGAGGACCGCUCGCUGCCGCAGAUUGAGCACAUCCUGCCGCUGCUGCGGCGCGGCAUCGGCAUCCACCACGGCGGCCUGCUGCCCAUCCUCAAGGAGGUCAUCGAGAUCCUCUUCCAGGAGGGCCUGAUCAAGGUCCUCUUUGCCACCGAGACGUUCUCCAUCGGCCUCAACAUGCCCGCCAAGACGGUCGUCUUCACGGCGGUGCGCAAGUGGGACGGCAAGGAGUUCCGAAACCUCAGCUCGGGCGAGUUUAUCCAGAUGUCUGGGCGCGCCGGCCGGCGCGGCCUCGACGACCGCGGCAUCGUCAUCAUGAUGUUUGACGAGAAGCUCGAGCCGGCGGCCGCCAAGACGAUGGUCAAGGGCGAGGCCGACCGCCUCGACUCGGCCUUCCACCUGGGCUACAACAUGGUGCUCAACCUGAUGCGCGUCGAGGGCAUCUCGCCCGAGUACAUGCUCGAGCGCUGCUUUUUCCAGUUCCAGAACGCCGCCAGCGUGCCGAUGCUCGAGGGCGAGCUGGCCGCCGCCGAGGCCGACCGCGACGCCAUCGAGGUGCCGCGCGAGGACGAGGUGUCCGAGUACUACGGGAUGCGCAAGCAGCUCGAGACGCUCCAGUCCGACGUCCAGGCCGUCAUCACCCACCCGAGCUACGCGCUGCCCUUCCUGCAGCCCGGGCGGCUGGUCCACGUCAAGCACGAGGAGCUCGACUUUGGGUGGGGCAGCGUCGUCAGCGUCGAGAAGCGGCUGCCGGGCAAGGGCAAGGCGCUCGACCCGAGCGCGCCGCCGCAGCAGCACUACAUUGUCGACGUCCUCCUCGCCUGCGCGCCCGGGUCGACGGUGGGCAAGGACAAGGCCAACGCGGCCAGCAGCGUGCAGCCGUGCCCGCCCGAUGCCAAGGCCGAGAUGCUGGUGGUGCCCGUGCUGCUGUCGACGGUGGCGGGCCUGUCGGGCAUCCGCAUCUUUCUGCCAAAGGAUCUGCGGCCGCGCGAGCCGCGCGAGACGGUGCGCAAGAACCUGGCCGAGGUGCGGCGGCGCUUCCCCAAGGGCGUGCCGCUGCUGGACCCGAUCAAGGACAUGAAGAUCAAGGACGAGGCGUUUGCCCACCUGCUCGCCAAGAUCUCGAUCCUCGAGACGAGGCUGUCCGAGUCGGCGCUGUCCACGGAUCCGGAGCUGCCGCGGCUGUACGAGGCCUACAGCCGCAAGCAAAAGGCCAACGACAUGGUCGAGGAGAUCCGGCGCAAGAUUGCCGCAGCCCACAGCGUGUUGCAGCUCGACGAGCUCAAGUGCCGCAAGCGCGUGCUGCGCCGCCUCGGCUUCACGACGGCCGACGAUGUCGUCGAGAAAAAGGGCCGCGUGGCGUGCGAGAUAUCGACGGGCGACGAGCUGCUCCUCACCGAGAUGGUCUUCAACGGCGUCUUUAACGAGCUCACGCCCGAGCAGUGCGCCGCGCUGCUGAGCUGCUUUGUGUUUGGCGAAAAGAGCGAAGCGACGGUGCGACUCAAGGAAGAACUGGCCUCGCCGCUGCGCAUCAUGCAAGAGACGGCGCGGCGGAUCGCCAAGGUGUCUCGGGAAUCGCGCCUGCCGCUCGUCGAGGAGGACUACGUGUCGUCGUUCAAGGUGGAGCUGAUGGACGCCGUGCUGCAGUGGUGCCGCGGCGCCAAGUUUUCGGAAAUCUGCAAGCUCACCGACGUCUUUGAGGGCAGCAUCAUCCGCGUCUUUCGACGGCUCCAGGAGCUCAUCCGCCAGAUGGCCAGCGCCGCCAAGGCUAUCGGCAACGAGGAGCUCCAGAAAAAGUUUGAAGCCGCCAUGGACAAGCUGGAGCGCAAGAGCAGCAUCAUCUUCAGCCCCUCUCUGUACCUCUAA